ACUAAAUUGAAUAUGGCCGCCAGUUGUUUAGGGUAAUGUGGCGUUUGACAAAUCUGAGUGAAAUUAUUAAAAAAGUAAAUAGUGACAUAAAAAUGUUUAAAGUUUUAGGUGUUUUAUAGCAGUUAAUGAAAAGAUAACAUUGUUUACGUUUUUUUGUUAGUGUAUUAAAUUUUAAAUGCUGAAAAAUUAAACAGUCAACAAACUUUUUGUUUAUUUCAUCGAAGUGGUAUAAUAAACUGUUGGAAAUAGAUGAUUAUGUACUAUACAUAUGGUAUCUGAAUUAAGGAAUACGGAUUUUCAUUAUUAAAGUAGGGUAUGGCAAACUUGAAUUUUCAACAAGCACCUAGAACCCUUGUAACGGGUGGUGUAGGAGGCCGUGUUGGUUCAGGUUUAGUGGGUGGAGUGUCGGGUCAUGUGACACCCACAUUUGGUGGCCCACUGUCGCCAGGGCGCAGUGGGUCCACCGCUAUGCCAGGGGGUGCACCUCCCUCUAUGGCAUCAAGAUCAACCUUAUUUGGACAGAGGGCAUUUGCAGACCGAAGAGUACCCAUACCAACACCACUGUCACAAGCAAACACAAACUCUAUGUCCAGUAUCACGAAUUUGACACGUUUCAACAGUAAUAAUUACCAUUCUGUGUUCGGCGAAGGCGGCGAUACGUCGACUCCUCCGUUGUUAGACUUAAGUGAGUUUCCGUCGCUGACGACGCGAGGGGCUGGUGACCAAGCGCCUACGGCCGCCCCUCCACCUCCAGGAACUAAACCUUAUGUGGGUAUGUUGAAGCAGCCAAUGACUGAGCAGUCAGAAUUCAUGAUGUCUUCUGAAGAUUUUCCUGCAUUGCCCGGCACAUCAAGUGCAGGUACUUCAGUAGUGGGUACCUUACAACAGUCUAGUGUACCUCACCAAGUCCUGCACGACUUCAACCAUACACCUGAGCCUAAGCCCCAGCGGAAGGGCAUACAGACUUCUCCUGAAGGAAAAGUAACGAAUAUACCUGACACUAUGAUACCAAACCAAUUUGGUAUUGUUGGACUGUUAACUUUCAUCAGGGCGGCGGAAUCAGAUCCUAGCUUAGUGUCCCUCGCAUUGGGUCAGGACCUCACAGCACUUGGACUUAAUCUCAACUCACCGGACAACAUAUACUUAUCAUUUGCUGGACCUUGGGCGGAUAGUGCCUGCAGGCCUCAGGACAUGGACCACAACGUUCCACCUGAGUAUUUGAUAAACGGUUCAAUCAGAGAAAAGCUUGCGCCAGUAAGAUUGAAUCGAUACAAAGAAGAUUUACUUUUUUAUCUAUUUUAUUCCUAUGUUGGAGAUGUACUACAAAUCGCCGCAGCAGCUGAACUAUAUAGCCGCGAAUGGCGAUAUCACAUGGAGGAGAAGGUGUGGAUCUCUCAGGCGCCCGGCAUGCCAAUGGUCGAGAAGACAUCGACGUACGAGCGAGGCACAUAUUACUUCUUUGACGCGCAUAAUUGGCGCAAGGUGGCGAAAGAAUUUCAUCUAGAUUAUAGCAAGCUGGAGGGACGGCCGCAACUGCCAGCCCACGUCCUCACCUAGCCCUCUCUCUCUCACACUAUUUACGUAGUUUUGUUAUAUAAAAGUACAAGUUAAAUAAA